AUGAAACCAGCAGUCGAACGCUCUAAAGUCUCCGAUACGCGUCUUUCUCCACCGGAUAUACCGCCCUUCGUUCGUCUUUGGCAUCCUGACAUUCGCCGCGCUACUGAAGCCGACCUUCCCGACAAAUACGACCGUCGCAUAGAGCUCAAUGCCAUCUUCGUCCUUCCUACCGACUCUGACCCUUCCCCAUCUGACGCUUCCCAACUACCCAAUGGGCCUCGUUUAGUCGUCGCAAAACGCUGUGCUCUAUGCGCGAGUCCCAAAAUCGGACAAGUGUGUUCUCGUGGACACCCGAAAUGCAAGAGGUGCGAGAAACGCGGCGUCGAAUGUCGUAGGCUCGGAGAGGGUUGGGACAUUCUUCCUGGUUCGGAGGGUUCUCAGAGGACGCGGUGUAAGAGGAAGUGGUUGGUUGAAGGUACCGGCGGUGUAAGUGAGGAGGAUGAACCGAGGAAGAAGGCGAGGAAAGAGGCAGCAGAGGCAGUGGUGAUGAGAGGGUUAGCUGGGACGCGUCAAACGCGAGCCUCGACGCGUAUCCAGAAGACUUUGGAGUUGCAGACGAAGGAGCAAUCGGAUAUUAAAGGGCAGGGGAAGAGGGCGGGGGUAGUGUUGGCUGGGAAGGGGAAAGGGAAGACGGUUGUACGGUCUGAGGUCGGCAAGGAGAAGCAGAAGGGGGCUAUCGCGGCUGAAAAGGGCAAGGGGAAGCGUAAGGCGGUUCAACUGGACGGAGUGGAUGUGAGUGAGCAGAAGAAGUCGAGGGUAGGAGGGAAGGGCAAGGGGAAACAGAAGGAAGGUGUGAAGUCUGCAAUUCGUCUUGCUCCGCCGUGCCUUGGCAGUGAGGUCGCCAUCGUAGCCGAGCGUCCGGUAGAAGGCUUGAAGGAGAGGACAGAAAUGACAGCGGAUACGAGAGGUCAGGAUGUGAUUGUCAGUGUCAAAGUGAAGGCUCCCAAGAAACCGCGCAGCGUUGGCCCAUGGCGUACUACAAAGCAGUUUCCAAACAUGGGAGACUUACGAGGACCCCCGCGCUGUAUCCUGAGUACUUAUCCACGGGUAUGGGCCUCAUCUCGUGAGGAGUUCGACAACGCGAUAACUUCUCUGGCUAAAGCAGACGGAAACUCGGUGGUGGACAGCCAUGGGACGCCUGUUGUGAUGCUCGGGAAUACUGGUGAAUUUGGGAGCCACAGCGAGGAUAGGUGGGAUGGCCGUACAAUCAAGUUAUCGAUUGUUCGGCAAACUGUAGUAGACGGAGAGAUCCCGACGUCAUCCACCUAUAUUCCCUCGUACAAACCUCCUCCUCCCUCCUCAUAUGAACACCGUCAACAUAGUCCGGCUUUCUCUUCAAGUAGCGAACAUGGUACUAUGGGUUCACCAGCGCCGUCAGCCUCACCUAUCGCACGUACGGAAGCACCUGAUUGUCCCUUCCCCCAUAUCGAUGCUCAACCCUCGC